AUGCUAGAUUUUCGGAGACAGGAAUUAGGCGACGUUUUUGUCGCCCACCUCAUCCAAGAACUGUCACGAGUCACCACAAUAUCUCCCGAAGAGACGCAGGGAAGCCCAUGGGAAGAAGAAGCCGUGUCAGGGUCGUUUUGGCCGAAUAAUGAAGCCGUCAAAGUCGUCUCAGAAUUUACAGGGUUACACAGGACUUUGAAAAGAGGCCGUUUGCUUGGCCGAGGCGGAUUUGGUGUUGUGUACCUGGCAAGAGAUGUGGAGAGACAGGAAGAAGUUGUCUUGAAAAUUGCGAUUGAUUAUGAGAAGCCGACGAAACAGAGGCUUCUGGAACUCAGGAGGGAAGCCUUCUUUUACAGAGCGCUGAAAAACGUCAAGUCAUCCAGUGACGCUCGGAGGCGUUUACGGCUAAUGGUUCCAAGCGACGUCGUGAGCGUUGUACGACGUCCUUCGGCUCUAGAGUAUGACGACUCCAACAUUUGGAUACCGAACCUCUUUAUGGUGAUGCCCAAGGCUGAAACCGACCUCGCGCGUGUCUUCACAAAAUUGCUCGUCCGCUUCCCACAGCUUUGGACUAGUGACGUCGCACAGAUGGCGCGGCUUCAUGUGACCUGGGCAAUCAUAAAGGUGGUAGCAAAUAUGCAUCGCCGAGGUAUGGUACAUGCUGAUGUCAAGCUGUCCAACUUUGUCGUUAUGCGAGACGGCCGCGUCCUCCUGGGCGACUUCGGCACAUGCCAACCAGUUUCAUACUUUGGGGAGUUACCGUGCACAGAGGGCUACAUUCCUCCAGAGCGGCCACGGUUGGCGCAGCCUAUCGUGUAUUCCUUCGCAAUCGAUGCUUGGCAGCUUGGGAUUGCGAUCUACCGGCUUUGGUGUAGCGUGCGUCCCUCACAGAAUGAGGACAUCAGGGGCGAAGUACGUUUCGAACAGUGUACCACCGGACCUCCUUUGCAAGUCCAGACCCUCGUUCGACGGUUCCUGGAUAUGUCGCCGGAAAGUCGGUUGCUCCCGUUGCAAGCCGUGAGAAGCGAUGAAUUUCGACAGAUCAGAGAAGACGUGAAGCGUGCCUUAGCUGCGGGGGGGCAGCUUCUUCUCGAUCGAAGUAAAGCACACUCCGCCAACGAAGAAGGUGCUCCAGAGGGAGAGCCUACUGACUCCGUUGGGCACGCCUCGAUAGCUUCGAGCGAUGGUGGCUAG